CUGACGGGCCUUGUGUGCGAGCAGGAGGCGGUGCACCUGGACGGGCAGGUGCUUUAACGCCCUACUGAAGAAAGUGAGCCCAGCGAUCCACAGGCACCUGCGGAAACACGAGGUGGACCCCGUGAUGUACAUGACGGAGUGGUUUAUGUGCCUGUUCACCCGUACCCUCCCCUGGGCCACCAUGCUGAGGGUCUGGGACAUGUUCCUCAGCGAGGGAGUGAAGGUGAUUUUCCGAGUGGCCCUCUUCAUCCUGAAAGUGACGCUCGGCUCUUCGGAGAAGCUGAAGGAUUGCCAGGGGCUGGUGGAGACGCUGGAGAGGCUCCGGACCAUCCCACAGCAUUACCUCCGGGACGAAAUCCUCAUCCGUGAGGUGUCCGAGCUCGGUAUCACAGACGCUGCCAUCGACCGGGAGGACGUCCCGUCAGAGGAAGAAGAUGUCGAAGGCCGGGCGGAGCCCCCCCAACCCCACCGGCCCCCGCCUGCACGGAGCCCGGGCUGUCUACGAGUCCGCCCGCCGGCUGCUGCCCCUUGACCCCCUGCCCCUGCCCCUCUCUGCGCCCCGCUCUCCGUCGGUCCCCGCCGUCCUGGUCUCGCCCCCUCCCGCUGCCCAGGAGGACCCCCGUCCAGGCCGGCCAGCCGCUCCCGGACCUUCUACGUCCGCAGGCCGUCCCGCCCGCCUCAGGUGCCGCCCCGGAGGGAGGGGAGGAGGCGGGCAGGAGGCGGCCGAGGAGGAGGGAGCGGGAGUCCGCUCGAAACGGUUCUCGGAGCCCCUCUGCUCCGAUACCUACUUCUGAGGGUGUGGAGGUGAUACUGAGGGGGGCUGGACCCUCCGAAUCUCCCCCUUCCACUUCCCUCCUUCCCCCUCUUUACCCCCCCUUCUGCAUUCCUGACUGCACACUCCCCAUCCAUCUCCUUGAUUUCCCCCUCACCCUCCUAAUCCCUUUCUUUCUUCCCCUCUCUCCACCUCCUUCUCCCCACCUCUCCCCUCCCUUUCUCUCCCCCAGCUUUCCAGAUCUUUGCCUGCUCUCGCCCAUCCAUCUCCCUCUCUCCCUCAUCUCUCGCCCCCCCCCACCCCAAUCUCUACCCCUCAGGCAGUGAAGAAAGCUAAUGGCAUGCUGGCUUUUUAUAACAAGAGCAAUUGAGUAUAGGAGUAAAGAGGUCCUUCUGCAGCUGUACAGGGCCCUGGUGAGACCCCACCUGCAGUAUUGUGUGCAGUUUUGGUCUCCAAAUUUGAGGAAGGACAUUCUUGCUAUUGAGGGAGUGCAGCGUGGGUUCACGAGGUUAAUUCCCGGAAUGGUGGGACUGUCAUAUGUUGAAAGAUUGGAGCGACUGGGCUUGUAUACACUGGAAUUUAGAAGGAUGAGAGGGGAUCUGAUUGAGACAAAUAAGAUUAUUAAGGGAUUGGACACGCUGGGGGCAGGAAGCAUGUUCCUGCUGAUGGGUGAGUCCAGAACCAGAGGCCGCAGUUUAAGAAUAAGGGGUAGGCCAUUUAGAACAGAGAUGCGGAAAAACUUUUUCACCCAGAGAGUGGUGGAUAUGUGGAAUGCUCUGCCCCAGAAGGCAGUGGAGGCCAAGUCUCUGGAUGCAUUCAAUAGAGAGUUAGAUAGAGCUCUUAUAGAUAGCGGGGUCGAGGGAUAUGGGAGAGGGCAGGAACGGGGUACUGAUUGUGGAUGGUCAGCCACGAUCACAGUGAAUGGCCUACUCCCGCACCUUUGGUUAAUCAUCCCCUCGCUGGACCCCUACCUGCACUCUACCUUACUCUCCCUCCCUCCCUCCUUCAACCCUAUUCACCCCCACUACCUCCUCUUCCCCUACCUCUGUUUCCCUUCUUUAUCUCCCCUCUCAGUCCACCUGCCCCACUUUCUCCCCUCUCCCUCCCCGUCUAUCCCUCCGUCUCCCCCUCCCCCUCCUCCCAGCACCCACCCUCCAUCACUCCCCAGUCUCCCUGCCCGGACCUCCGGUCCCACCCCUCUCUCUUCACCCAACUCCUCCCCCCCUCGCACACACCACCCCUCCGCCCUUCCAUACCUCUCCUCCUUCCUCCACCCUCCUCGCGAUUUCCGUCUCUGCCCCACUAACCCUCCUUCUUCCCUCC